CGCGGGCGGACCGGCAUUGGGUGGCCCUUGCAUACGUUGGGUUGCUUUUUUGGAAUGGGAAUACCCAUGGUGCUAUGGUGCUAUGGGUGAUGCCUACCUGACUGCCGCCCACAUCCCGAGGGGGGAGCCGACUCCACGCAGCGUUAACAAUGUGCUUACGACGUCUUUCUCAAUUAUUAUUUUUUUGCUGCGCGCGGCGCAAUGCUGUGGAAUUCUAAUGAGGCUCAAGCGGGCCCAACGGGGAUGCUGCUCCGGUUCCUUUUUGGCUUCGAUCUUUGUCCCAUUUUGGCUCAUUUGGGGGACCGCUGGAAAUUGUACAAGGGACGGGAUGGAGCUUUGUGUUUUUGCGCUCGGGUGGCCGCGUUUGUUGUCUCAUCGUCGCCGGAAGCCGUUUGGCUUGUUUGUGAUUGCAGAGUGUCAUUCAACGCGGUAUGAUGCGUGGCCUGGUCUUAGGUCAUUGCAUUUCAUUCCAUCAUGACAGACGACAGGUGGGAUCUCGGUAGUGUUAUGGCCGCUCCGAAUCAUGAAAUUUUGUUGAAGGCUCGAGAAUGAGAUCCUACUACCUAUUCUAAGGCAUUAUACGCUGUCCGGGCUCGACAUCCUGACUUGGCCGCGAAGUAAAGAUACGAGUACAGCCGGCCUCGUGGAUAUAGAUGAUGGUAGAAAAGACUAAAUUUCAGGAAUUAAGCUUGUCAGUAGAGAUAGAUGGCACACUAGUUCCCGAGAUACGUUAUAGCCUGGGACGACAUCUAGAGAAAAAUAACGUCGGUUGCACCGAGUUCAAAAGAUGGUAAUAUCAGAGUUCAUGCUCAAAGUCACCUCAAGCCUUACCGAAGUUGCGGUACUGACACACUGAGUGCACAGCACAUGGUGUGGAGCAGAUGCGAUCGUCGACCUCUCGUCUCGUAGCACCUUACCCAGUCUCAUCAUCGUAGC